CUUGAGGUCUACAAUUCUCACCCACAACCAUCAUCUUGGCCUCUACUUUGUCCGGCGACGGGAUCGUCUGGUCAGAAAGGCAAAACUUACAGAAAGGGGCCGGAAAUGGCCCGUUACGGCACUAGUUCAUGUGAGUUGAGUUCUAUGUUGGGGAUAGUGAGAGACCAUAAGGUCUAGUAGUGCUUGGAAGCGGGAGGAGAGUCAAGCUGAAAUACAGAGCGGGAUGCACGGCAACUUUGUUUGUUUGUGCCCGCAAUUGCUUCAUCCUGUCGUCUUCGAUUGAUGAGAAUGGGAUGUUUUUUGCACAAUGAGGAAUGGUUCGUUCCAUAGCCAAGAAGCAACGAGAGCCGCUAGACUCACGAUAUCUAUCGCGCGUUUGGAGGGUGGGAACAGUGGAGUCAAAACAAGAUGAUGGGCAUGGGGGUUGACCAAAAACAUGCACCAAUUACCAGUCCAUUAGGUGCUGUUAUAAUUCUGUCGAGCUAUCUUGAACUGAGAUCUUGGGCUGGAGCGCGAAUUACCGUUCAACAGCUAAAAGCAAACGCCGAGAUCUUAAGAGGAGUUUGUGUUUCAAUAAUCUCGUUCUAGCGUUGUACGUUGUAAGAUUUGAAGAACCAUCUGCGCGUCAUAACAAGAGGAGACGGAAGAAAGAGUCCAUAACUUUGUGCUUCCUUCAGUGCAUCAAUAGAGAUAAGUAUCAGAGGAGACCUGAGAACAGUGCCAAGGGCUGAGGUCAAUCCGGAUAAAGGGUUGCCGAGAAGAGAGUGAAGUGGUUGUCACUAAUAUCCAAUUUCGAUUUCUCAAGCCCAUAAAGGUAGCGGCAAGCCAAAGCCAAAAGAUAGAAGCCAGCUAGGCCAGCUGAUUAUAUAUUAGCAUACUAGACUAGAGGAGAAAAGGAAUUGUUUAAUAUUUAAAGAAUAAAGAGCAUUCAGCGAAAGAUAUAGACAGGAUAGAAUGAUGGUUUACAAGGAUCACCUUUCCCAUACCACAUCACCAUACAAUUCACAUUUCAGACCACGAAUUGCGAUUGUCGGACGGGCUCUUGCAACACUCCGCAACAGUGGCCCAUGCAGAUCCCACUCCCUCUUCUCUGACUGCCCCUGCAACUUCCACACGAUAUGACACGACACGCCCCCCCCCUACUCUCGACCUCCCGUAAUAAAAGCCCAACCAACCCAAAAAAGCACUGUCACUCCCCUAAAACAACAACAGCGCCCACUGAGUUCUCAGCGGUGACGACAUCUGCUACAGGCAUCAUAUGAGGCCCCGGGCGCCUCGUGUUUUAGUGUCUCGUUGGUAGGUGAAGGAUAGCGGAUAGGGGAGCUUGCGGAAACGAGGGUCCAUCUUUUAUCUUAUUUGAUUUACUGAAUUUUUCUUUAUUUGUUUGCCGAGUUGUGAUUGUGAUUGUGACUGUAGAGGAUCAUAUCAGAUCUUGAGCCUGUGUGUAUCUCGUAGUGUGAAAAUCGUUUCGUCACUGUGAUUCUGUGGACAGCUUCAUACUGGACCUGCUGUUGACCAGCAACAACGCGAGGAUUGCUUACCUCAGGUAAUUUCAAGUCGAUCAGUUCUACCUUUUCUGGCUCAAUCAAUUUUACCAAGUUCCUUUCCUGCAAUAUCAUGCAUGUUAUCUUACUCUUCUUCUCUUUCUACGCACAAUUGACUUGUCCUUCAUUCCUUUCAAUUCGUUCCUUAAUAUUCUUUCAUCCUAAGCUCAAUCCUUUUGGCUACCACCUCAUUUCACACUCACUCGAACCAAGAAAACAAAAAAAAAAAAAAAAAAAAAAAAAAUAACGGCCAUUUUACGCUGAGAUAAUAGCACUACUGCACCACCACCAUCACACCUCUUUUCAUCAAUCAUCAAUCACGCUCAAAGGGAACUACUCUGCUAGGCCAUCGGAUCGGACUCUUCCCGCUUCAUCUUAAGUCCUCUCUCGGGCUCUCCUUGGUUCCUUUUCAGAGCGUGGAGCCUCCUUUGUCCGCCCAGCUUGGCUUUGCAGCUGAGUAUUGGGACCUUUCCAUUUUUGGUCUCACGAUCCCUGCGAUACUUUGGACGGUACGUACUGCAACCUGCUACACUGCUUGGGCUUUGUUGCCAGGUCGUAUCGUGACCUCCAGUGCAACUCUAUUCAAGAAGCUUUCCGUUCUUCGAGAGGGAGAGGGAGGAGUCGUUGACAAACUAUCGACUGAGGACCACUCCAAGGAACAACAGAGAUCCUUCUACAGGAAUUGACAAUCCAAUUUAUCGAUUUAUUACCUAGGUUAUCCCUAGAAGUUUCGUCGUCCGUUGCUAUUCCCAGGCCCUCUUCUCUUUCUCAAGUCGGGCCAGAUUUGGUUAGAGAGUUCAUCACUCGUCUUCGUUCUUCCUUCCUUGUUUCCCAUCCCGGUCGCUGCUGCCGCCGCUCCUCCACUAGGGCCCGGGACUACCGUGCUAGGCACAGAUACCUACCUAGCUCUUACCUGAUUUGACCACUCUAGUCGCUACUUCCCUCACACCUUUUCCCUUCCAAAUCUCCCCUUCUUGACCUCGACCUCUUCAGUUGUCACGUAUUCCUACCUCUACUCUCAACCUCUACCUACCUAUUAUCUCUCAAUCACACCCCAACCUCCCUCCUAAUCAUCUCCACGAUAUCUAUUUCGUUGGCUGGGAAUCGUUCUCUUUCUCUUUUUUCUUUUACCCUCGUGGUGAUUUUUGGAUCUGGGUUUCUUUCGUCUUGGGAUAAUUGGCAUUGUUCACGUUUUGGGAUCGCAUUGUAUCGUACCGACCAUUCGCUUGUGUCGGGCAGCUGGAAAUCUACGAGGAUUGCCAGAAUUAUUCAUCGACAACCAUUUGAGCCGCAGGAAGCUCUCGACUCAUCACUGUUACCCACUGGUUAUCAAUAAUCACCCCAUCGACAAUUCUUUCAUCUCGAACCAAACACGAUACCCGAUCAUCGCGAUCUAAAUCCCCAUCUUCGACGAGCCACAGAUCUCCCAGUGAUUCACAUACAGCCUGCUUGGUCACUUCAUUGUGCUACCUUGCUCAACUCGGAUCACGACUGACGAUACCGGCUGUCUUGCUCCGCCGUCGGGACAUCUACCCACGCGAAAUCACACCUGCCGGUCGUACUACGCCUCUCGACGUCAGACGUGGUAUGGCUUCGACCAUUUGAGAGUUCUCCCGCAACCGUGUCAUGUUAUGAAAAGCCUGCUUCAUCUCUGUUGCACCCGACCUCACAUGCUCUCUUGCUCAGUCUCUUUGGUAAAGUUUCUUGACCAAGUCAUAGUCAUCAUGUCCCCUCUUUCCAGACGUGCCAAACAGGCAGGCUUGCUCUUCUUAAUAGCAUCAUCAUGGGCGCCUCUAGCUGCUACUCUAAACAUCGAAUAUUGUGCUAGCUACAAUACUGGCGAGACCCCCAGGAAUACGAGCAUCUAUCAGACAAAUGGCCUUUGCCAUGAUUUCUGUAUCGAUGACUGGGCGUACGCUAUCACUCAAGACAAGCUAUGUUGGUGUUCGAAUUACGCACCGGUCAAGUCAACCCAAGUGGACGACUCCAAGUGCGAUAUUCCUUGCCCAGCAUGGCCUGACGAAGUCUGCGGUGGUGACGGAGUAUACGGAUAUGUGUCUCUAGGCAACGUCGAGCCUUCCGGCUCAAGGGGCCCUUCCCCCUCAUCAACCAAAGCAAAACCAACCACCGUGGCCGUAUCCAGAGUGACUGAGACAAUACAGAAUACGGUGACUCUAAAGCCAUCAUCCACAUCCAUAUCGACCUCCACGUCCACGUCCAGCUCAGAGCCUGAAACAACUUCAACUACCGAGGACGAAACCUCAGCUACGAGCACAGCCGAGGAUGAGUCAACUACAUCUAGUUCGCGCACCUCUGUCGUCCAGACUGUCACUGCUGGGGGUACUAUCAGGACCGUCACUGUGGCAGCCCCGACGGAGACUGGUGGAACGACCGCAAGCGAAAACACCAAUGACUCAACUACCGAGAAGAGUGGACUAGGCACCGGCCAAGUUGUCGGUAUCGUGGUAGGCGUGAUUGCGGCCGUUAUAGGUGCCGCUGCCCUUGUCCUCUUCCUGUGGUUCCGACGAAAGAAGCAACAGAACGAACAAGAAGCCUAUCAGGACGAUCCCAGUGUUCGAGAUAGCUCCUCGGGCAUUGCACGACCUGAUAUGAGCAUGGCUGGAUCACCUAUUGCAUCAGCCGCGGCAGGAAGCCGUAACAGCACCUUGCAAGUCGAUCCUCGAAUGGAUCCAUUUAAGCAAGGAUUGUACGUUCGAAGCGCAAGUCAUGAGAGUAUCAACACAUUGCGAGAUGACCACGACUAUUCGAGGAGGAUUCAAGCACCCAAGGUCCUCCGUGCAACAAACCCCGAUCCAACGCCCGAGCCUUGACCGGCAGGAAAUUCGGCAACUCCGGAAAUUCCGCCGGGCUCCAAAGGCCACCCUUUAUAAGAUGAGACUACGAUAAGAGGCACUUGUCUAUGAUCAAGGGCACGGCAUCAUGCUGCCUUGAGGGUACUUUCUCAACAUAAAUCCCUCGAAUCUAGCGGAAUUUUCUGGGAUGGAUGAUGAAGGAUGUUCCAGACGAGCAGAUAAAAAUGGUCGCAACGACCCAUGAAGCACACGAAUCUCACUUUCUCCCGGCUCACUUUUAAAACCCAAAGGGGUUUUGUUGCAUUUCGAGAUACCAGGAAGGCGUUGGCAUUUUACAGGGGGGGGUUACAUACACAACGGAACAUGGGACGAACGCCCCCAGCAACUGGUGGGAUCAUGGUAUGGUACAUAUACGAGCGAGCCAAGUGACUGCUGCUUUGCACAGCAAAGCACUAUUGGAAAGGUCAUGCAUGACGGCAGAAACCAACGCUUAAUUUUCGAUUCGGAUUUUAUAUUUCAUGGCAUCACGGCAACGGCGACCUCCACCAAGCAAUUAUGGAUGAGGGACAGCGACCUGUGAAGGGUGUGACAGAGUCGCCGAGUUUGAAUGACUUGGGUGGGCGCUCAGUGUUGGCUUCAAAGUCUGGAUAUAAUAUGCAGGUCGUCGUUGUCAGUUUGGGGUCACUUUUACGCACAUAGAGCCAGCAUAAUAUGGCGACGAGGUUGAGAUAGCAGCCAAAAGUAUUCUCUUCAUUUCUUGGGUCUGCAACUACAGCUUGUACUUUUCAUCUCUGUGACACGAAUAUGAUUGCUUUCAUGAGUUUAUGAUGCUUCCUAUGGCUUGACGGUGAAGUCAUCCACCUCCUUCUCCAUGUCUACAUCCAACUCGUCCCCUUUUCAUCAUCUACAUCCAGUCUUCGUCUCACGCG